UUGGACACCUCACCGCAUGGUCAAAGCUGCUGAUGCCGAGGCGGUCAGGGUCUCGACUGCCAAGAAGCUGGAGAACGCUGCGUCAUCGGGAAUCAGUCAUCGUCGACAAGGAAACGCCUCCUUCAACUCUGCUCCUCGACCAAGGGAGAUCAAUUUGACCAUGGCACCAAAAUCGAGGAAGGAAGCAGAAGCCGAGGUCAGAGGAUGGGGCUUCAACCAUGUCUUCACCUGGAGCGACGGACCCACGACGACUGACCAGUUGCAAGCNAACGCUCACUACCCGCCUCAUACCCAUGCCGGCGUUACUACACAUCUAGUAUUGAAAGGAUGCCUUACUCUCAGCUAUCCUGACGAUCCGAAUCCAAAGAAAGAGCAGUGCAACGUUGGUGAUAGAUUCGACGUCGACGCCAACAAGCGCCAUGAAGUAUGGAUUGGUCCUGAGGGCUGUACCUACGUGAUUGGAGAG